UUGGACCAGGACUCUGCCCAGCCAUGGGGCCGCCCGGGUCUAGGGACACACAGGCCUUAUUGGCUUCUCAGGAACCGUCAAUGGAGAAGUCAGAGAUGGAGCUGGGCCCCCAGCAGUGUGACUACCAUGUGGACAGGCAGAUACUGAACGAGCAGGCUCUGGAGGAGACGGGGCAGAGAAGCCGGAGUGCCAAGCCUUUCAGAUUCACUCCUCCCAGGUUGGAGUGUUCAAAAGCCAUAGCCUGGGCCACCUUACAACGCUUCCUACCCAUUCUCACCUGGCUACCCCAUUACCCGGCACGGGAGUGGCUCCUGGGGGACCUGCUAUCUGGCCUCAGUGUGGGCAUUGUACAGCUGCCACAGGGACUGGCCUAUGCCCUCUUAGCUGGGCUGCCCCCUGUCUUUGGCCUGUAUAGCUCUUUCUACCCUGUCUUUGUCUACUUUUUAUUCGGUACCUCCCGGCACAUUUCUGUGGGGACCUUUGCUGUUCUGUCAGUGAUGGUGGGCAGUGUGACUGAGGCCCUGGUUCCCAGUGAUUCUUUUAUGGGCCCUGGAAAUAGCUCAGUAAAUGUGUCAGCCAGAGAUGCUGCCCGUGUGGAAGUGGCCUCAGCCCUGAGUCUUCUAGUUGGUGUUUUCCAGAUAGGACUGGGCCUGAUACACUUUGGCUUCGUGGUGACAUACCUGUCAGAACCCCUGGUUCGUGGCUAUACCACGGCUGCCUCUGUCCAGGUGCUCGUGUCCCAGCUCAAGCAUGUAUUUGGUCUUGAGCCUGAAGACUACUCAGGGCCCCUGUCCUUGAUCUAUAUAUUGUUGGAUAUCUUAUGGAAGUUGCCAAAAAGCAAUGUGAGCACUGUUAUUGUUGCUCUUGUGGCUUCAGUCCUGCUCUUGGCCAUGAAGAUGAUAAACCAAAAACUGGGCAAGAAGCUGCCUGUACCUCUACCAGCUGAACUCAUCAUGCUCAUCGGAGCCACAGCGAUCUCUUUUGGAGUCGGCCUGAAUCACAAGUUUGGGGUGGGCAUCGUGGGUGACAUCCCUGCAGGACUGAUACUUCCUCGGAUGCCUGACCAUCACCUCUUUAAAAAUCUCGUGGGGAAUGCAUUUGCCAUGGCUGUGGUUGGUUUUGCUAUUGCCAUCUCCCUUGGCAAGAUCUUUGGAAUGAAGCAUGGCUAUGAGGUGGAUAACAACCAGGAACUGAUUGCUCUUGGCCUCAGUAACUUCAUCGGUGGCUUUUUUCAUUGUUUUCCUAUAAGCAGCUCCAUGUCCCGGAGCUUGGUGCAAGAAGGUGCUGGGGGGAACACACAGAUUGCUGGGGCCAUAUCCUCCCUCCUCAUCCUGAUUGUCAUUGUCAAAGUGGGAGUGCUUUUCAAUCACCUUCCUAAAGCCAUCCUGGCUGCUAUUGUCAUCAUUAACCUCAAGGGCAUGUUCGUCCAAUUCUCUGAUAUCAAAUCUCUAUGGAAAUCGAACAGGGUGGACUUGUUGAUCUGGUUGGUGACCUUUGUGGCUACUGUCUUGUUGAACCUGGACAUUGGUCUGGCUGUUGCUAUAGGCUUUGCCCUGAUCUCUGUCAUCUUCCGCACUCAGCUACCGCAUUACUCUAUCCUGGGGCAAGUGCCAGACACGGACAUUUACAGAGAUGUGACUGAGUAUAAGGAGGCCAAAGAAGUCCCAGGAGUAAAGAUUUUCAGCUGUUCAGCCACUUUGUACUUUGCCAAUGCUGAAUUCUAUAGGCAAGCCCUCAAGGAGAAGAUUGGUCUGGAUGUCGACUACCUCAUCUCCAAGAAGAAGAAACUGAUCAAGAAGCAAAUAUGGAAUGCAAAGAAAUUACAGAAAGGAAAAAAACAAAAGAAAAAUGAUAUCCAAAAAGUAUCCUUAGAUUCUUCAAGAUCUACUGGUAUGAACAUUAAAAUUGAUGAAAUGGAGACUGGGAAUGCCAUGGAGGAUGGUGUUGCAAACAAGCCAUCAGUCAGUGAGAAAGGCUCCUCCACAUUCACCCUGGAGACACUGGGCCUCCCCCAGCCCAACUUCCACACUCUUAUUUUGGAUCUGGGGACUCUCAACUUUGUGGAUACCGUGUGUAUCAAGACCUUGAAGAAUAUUAUCCGUGAUUUCCAGGAGGUUGAGGUGAAAGUGUAUUUGGCUGGCUGUCAUGGCACUAUGAUCGCUCAAUUUGAGUCUGGGAACUUCUUUGGAGACUCCAUUACUAAGGGCCACCUCUUCGUUUCCAUCCAUGAUGCUGUCACCUUUGCCCUUAAGCAGUCAGGAUCCAGAGUUGUAAAGACUGUCGUGGCCACUAGAAUGUGAUACUUCUCUCAGCUGCUGUUGUUGCUGUGUGAUCUACACACCCCUUGAUAGGGGUUGGGGGAGAUUCAGAACAUGCUCUGUGGAGAGGGCUGUCCUCUUCCAUCCCUCACGGAACAUCACCCUCCUCCUCCGCACUUAAGGAUGGAGACUUUGGGGUCUGGGGUGGGAGAACAUGAAGCCAAGACAUGUGGAGAGAUGGAGGUGUCCUUUCUCUAGCUCAGCCCAACUGCACAUUGCUGUUGAGGGGCUGGGGACAGGUUUUAUAUGACUUUAUGAGAAUAAAAUAUUUGGCCUUGA